AUGUUUAUCGAGCGCAUGUUCCGCCCCACGAAGGGCAAGGGCUUCGCGAUGAGGAAUCACACACUUGGCGCCUACGCAAAGUCCCUCAAUGCUGUGGCGCAGCGGAACAGCGAUGGGGCCUGCAAAGUGCGGUGUCUAGAGCCGUAUUUGCAGGACGUGGCCAUGCCGCCAGAGGCGGAGCUGCCGUCACCGCUACCAACACCACGGGCAUAG